AUGCCACGUGGCAACAUUUCGAUCACUAUAGCAGCGAACGCAGUUUCUGAACAAACCACGUCAGCGACUCUUGCCACGUCAGCCAACUCCGCUCGCCCCAAGGCCAAAAUCUGCGGGGUUACAUCUGUGGAAGACGCCGCGUUUGCCGCCGCGAAUGGCGCCGCGUUUGUCGGCAUGAUCUUGUGGCCUAAGGCGAAGCGGUCGAUCGCUUUGCCAGUUGCGGCUCGAGUCGCGGCGGCCGCGAGGUCGGGCGGCGCGGUGCCUGUCGGCGUGUUCGUGGACGAAAAUGCGGCUGAAAUCGAAGCAGCUUGUAGAGAGGCGGGAGUAUUCGUCGCGCAGGUAAGGCUUCUAAAUGGAAACGACGAGAAGCUCUCGCCAUGUCUAACUUUCCAUCAUGCAGGAGACGGGGGGAGACGGGAGGAGACGGGACGGGAGGAGACGGGGGGAGACGGGAGGAGACGGGGGGAGACGGGGGGAGACGGUGGGAGACGGGGGGAGAUGGGGGGAGACGGGGGGAGACGGUGGGAGUCGCCCAUAUGGUCCUCUGCGUCUCCUCUUGAGCCGACUCGACUCGACUCAAAAACUGUCGCCGCCUUAGUCGUUCAGCCCAUAUGGUCCUUUCCAUCUCCUCCACCACCCGCCGUCCACCCAGCUCCAUGGAAACACGGCGCGUGCAGCUCUCCCACUCCUCGUUCCCCUGCCUUUCCCUCCCUCCUCACGCUCGCCCUCCCCCCCCUCACCGCUCCCUCCCCUUGUGCCUCCUUCCCACCUCACCAGUCCUUCUCAGCUGCAUGGAGACCUAGCACGAGCAUCCCUCCCCAUCUCCCUCCCUGGCUAUCCACCAUCUUGCUCCACAGAGGCAUAGCGCGGUGCAGGCAAGAAGCUCCCCCCAUGCACCCCCACCUCCCCCCAUGGCUAUCCACCAUCUCUGUUCUUCUCGCUGACUCACAAGGCACGAUGGGAACCCUUCUUUCCCCUCGCACAUACACUCUUUCCCCUCGCACAUACACUCUUUCCCCUCGCACAUACACUCUUUCCCCUCGCACAUACACUCUUUCCCCUCGCACAUACACUCUUUCCCCUCGCACAUACACUCUUUCCCCACGCCUCCCCCCACCCCAGCUCCACGGGGAGACGGCACGAGCAGCUCUCCCCUACCCCCUUCCCUGCCUUCCACCAUCUUGCUCCAUGGAGACACAGCGCGAGCAGCCUUCCCCCACCUCUCCUCUCCCCCUGGCUGUCCGCCAUCUUUGUUCUGCACGCGGACUCGCACGGCAUCCUGUGAACCCUGCUUUCCUCCCCACUCCCCCCUCCCUCCUCACCCGCUUCCUCCCUCCCCUUACCCCUCCCUCCGCACCCUCUUCCUCCCUCUCCUCCCCCCUCCCUCCCACGCCACCCGUCCUUCUUAGCUGCAUGGAGAGACAGCGCGAGCAGCUCUCCCCCACGUCCCCCCUUGGCUAUCCAUCAUCUUCGUGUUUCACGCCGACUCACACGCCAUGCCAUCCUCUGCAUGGAGAAACAGCGCGUGCAUCUCUCCCCCACCUCCCUCCCUGGCUGUCCACCAUCUUCGUGCUUCACGCCGACUCACACGGCGUCGUGCAGACCCCUCUUCCCUCCUCCCUCGCCCUGUCCUCCGCUUCCUCCUCCGCUUCCUCCUCCGCCUCCUCGUCCUCUUCCUCCUGUCCACAACCUGACUGGAUCCUCAUUGAUGGCAUGCAAGGGGGCAGUGGAGAGCGGUUCGAUUGGUACAAUCUGAAAGUGCCAGCUGGCGAGAGCAGGAGAGGUUGGAUUUUAGCAGGCGGUCUAAAUGCAGAGAAUGUGGCAGAGGCGGCUACAGUGCUCGCUCCUUCUGUUGUAGAUGUAUCGAGUGGGGUUACAAAGGAGGAUGGGAUUCAAAAAGAUUACUCGAAAGUUGCGUUGUUUCUAAAAAAUGCAAUGGGUGCCUAG